AUGGACAAAAUCCCUAGCCUCACCACAAUCCAGUUUUCCCCUGAAGAACACAUCCUGGAAAUCCUGGAGAAACCUCAAGUCUCAGCUCCCACAACGUGUCAAGCGAUCUGCCGGCGCCGCCUCCGAGUCCAGAUGUCGUCUGAGCCUGGUUCUAGCGUCGGCCAGCCUCACGAAGCUGGACCAGCAAUGGCUCUGCUGAAGGUUCUGCUGCUGCUGGGGCUGGGUGAGUCAGAAACACUGGAGAAACUGGUCACACUGGAGACACUGGAGACACUUCCACUGGUUCCAGGAAGGCUGCUGCUCUCUGUGACUCUCAAACUUCCCUCUGAUUCUGUACCUCCUUUUUCUUCUUCAGGUGUUUCAGUGAACUCAGCUGUUUCUCUGCAGAAGAGAAUCAUUGGAGGUCAUAACUGUGCUGACACGGAGCGUCAAUAUCAUGUUCGGCUGGAGGGCUCCAAUGGUACUCAUACGAGCCUGUGUGGAGGAUCUCUGAUCGGCCGUAAGUGGAUCCUGACUGCAGAUACCUGCUGGAAGACAGAGACAGGGUGGACUAACGAUGUAAUGUUAAAAGUUCAUCCACGGAAAGCCAGAGUGAAGUUUCCCAGAAUCCAAGGCGACAUUGGGAUUUAUCAUCCCGAAGGCUGGCGUCAUGACAUCACGUUGCUGAAGAUUCAAAUACCAGUAACAAAUGCCCCAUUUGCUCCGCUACCAGACUGCAGUAAUCGCCCUAAAAAGGAUGAUGUUGUUCAGCUGGCAGGAGAGGGAGCAACGACAACCGGCCCCAAUAAUGAGCAAUUAUCCAAUGCUGUUGCUGCAACACAACUUCAGUGUGUCGAUAUGCAAGUUGUUGAGGCUACCCAUUUCCUGCCAACAUAUGGACAUGUAUUCUCUGCUAAAGCACAGAACAAGGAUGUGUGUUAUGGUGACGCUGGUUCAGCAGCGGUGUUCAACGGCAAGAUUUAUGGUGUGAUUUCUCCAGGUGUACCACGCUAUGCAUGUGAGAGCGCAGCUUCAAUCGUAGAUGUGUGUGAAUACAUGGACUGGAUAAGAGCAACACUUAGCGACAAAUAAAACAUAAACUGUCAUAAAAUAUAAUUCUCAUCAAAUUUCCUCUCAGAUAUAAUUUCAUUAUUGUAUCUUGAUCAGUUUGAUCCACAUAUUUGUAGAAUUAGAAUAAAUCAGUUGUUUUGUUUUUUUUCAUC